GUCUCGGGGAGUUGAUGGCAGAACCACAGUGCGGCCGCCCGGCCGAGCGCACCGCGCAGCCACCCGCGGCUGCCCGCCGAGCACUCGACAUGUGGGGGGACUGGGGUGGGAGCGGCCGGAGCAGCGCCAGGGACCGGGGCGCGCAGCAGCCUCCGCUCGCUCGCCUGUCCUGACCUGGCUUGCUCGCCCCACCGAAGAAUGUCAGCCAAGUCCAAGGGGAACCCCUCCUCGUCCUCCGCAGCCGAGGGACCUCCGGCAGCCUCCAAAACCAAGGUGAAGGAGCAGAUCAAGAUCAUAGUGGAGGAUCUGGAAUUAGUCCUGGGCGACCUGAAGGACGUGGCCAAAGAACUUAAGGAGGUGGUUGACCAGAUUGACACCCUGACCUCUGACCUACAGCUGGAGGAUGAGAUGACCGACAGCUCCAAAACAGAUACUCUGAACAGCAGCUCCAGUGGGACAACAGCCUCCAGCAUAGAGAAGAUCAAAGAACAGGCCAAUGCCCCUCUCAUUAAACCUCCAGCACACCCAUCUGCUAUCCUGACUGUCCUGAGAAAGCCAAACCCUCCACCCCCUCCUCCAAGGUUGACACCUGUGAGGUGUGAAGAGCCUCAAAGAGUGGUGCCAACUGCCAAUCCUGUAAAGACCAAUGGCACCCUUCUACGGAAUGGAGGAUUACCCGGUAGACCCAACAAAAUUCCAAAUGGAGACAUCUGCUGCAUACCCAAUAGUAACUUGGACAAGGCUCCAUUGCAGUCUCUGAUGCACAGACCUGAAAAGGACAGGAGUCCUCAGGCAGGGCCUCGGGAACGAGUACGGUUCAAUGAAAAAGUACAAUAUCAUGGCUAUUGUCCUGACUGUGAGACUCGGUAUAACAUAAAGAAUAGGGAGGUCCAUUUACACAGUGAACCAGUCCAUCCACCUGGAAAGAUCUCUCACCAAGGACCUCUGCUCCCUCCUCCACCUCAUCUCCCCACUUUCCCAUUAGAAAAUGGGGGACUGGGAAUAAGCCACAGUAACAGCUUCCCCCCUCCCACACCUGCAACCGUGCCUCCUCCCACUGCACCAAAACCACAGAAGACCAUCCUGAGGAAAUCCACCACCACCACAGUGUGAUAUCUGCCAUUUAAGAAAACGUUCUGUUUGUUUUUAAUUUUCUAUAUGAUAAACAUAAAAUAAUAAGUAAUGAGCACUUUCUACUCAAGCAAUAAAAAGCCCAAAUAUAUUAAUCUGCAUUCAACAAAGUGGCAUAAAAAUCACGUGGUAAGUAUGCAGAAUGACGCUUCUGUCCUGGACGUACAUUGCUUUCUAUGUUCCAUCAUCAGAAACUGCAGAAAAUUGAGAAUGUAUGAAUGCAUUUUAUUUUUUGUGAUUGACCUAAGACAAACUGUGACCUUCAGAUUUCAAGUAUUUUGAUUUAUUAUAAGAGCUGAGAUGUCAGAUAUUUUGAUUUGUUGAUAAAGCCAGGGCAAUUCAUUCCAUUCAUGCCUAACUCAUCUAUGCAUUGAUGCUGUCAUAAUCCUCCCUUUGAUCUAAUGCUUUUUAAUAAGAAUUUUAAUACCGAAGGACUAUUUUAUUAUUUUUUCUAAAGAUCUUUGUCAAUAGUUUUGCAUCAUGAAAUGCUGAGGACACUACCAAAAAGUUUAUUUUCUAUACUAUACAAUUUGAAUCAUGUGUUCAACUAUAUGUGUAAUAAAAUAUUUUGAGCUUUGGAAAUAUGUCAAUAAAUAAUAGUAAAUAAUGAGAAAGCCUAAUGUUCCUUAGGAUUAAAAAGAAGUAGAGGUUACUUUAACUCCCUGUUAACAUUCACUGAAAUGGGAAGCGAGUCCCCAAGAGUUUGAACAAGGUGACACUGAUUGGAUAUCACAAUUUGUAGAGUAAAUGUCACAACCUGUUUGGUAAGUAUAUUCUUACAACAGUUUCCUAUUAUACACCUCCAUUAUGGUCCGUCUAGAACCUGCCAUUAAAUGCCUUUGAUGUUGUCAAGCCUUCUCCCAGGAAACAUUUUACAUAAGUACAUUAAAAGGUUGGAAUUUUUGCCUUCUGUCUACCAGAGCAAGCUCAAAUUCCAUGAAAGAACACAGAAUUAUAGGAAGGAAGUUGGAGAUAUCUCUAGUCACAGGGUAUGUUCAGCAAUGGCCUUUCCCCUUUUCUCUUCUAAGUUGAAGGGUGUCAGGGGUUUUUGAUGUCCCAUAUAAGAAUCUCUUCUUUCUACCUUUUAGCCCAAGUCUUUCUCCUGAGUAGUAUUUGUCAACUUAAGAAAUUUAACAAAUUCAUAGAUCAGUCAGAACCCAGUUGCACUGAUUUGGACUGAUGUGAUGUUUUGCCUUGGAGAUAAAAAUUAUUUGUCUCUCAAAAAUCAUUAUGCGGUACAGUGCCUGCAAGGGGGAGGGGGGAGGGAGGGGGAUUACUUACAAGGUAAUAGUGGAGGGCAAGUGUUGGUGAAAUUAGUGGACUGUGUGAUCUGAAAACAUGAGUAAGCUUCUCAAAUACAUUACUUUAAAUUUUAAAACUUUAACUUUUGCUGCUAAAAAAGGUAGUCUUAUGAUUUAGACUAUGAAUAUUCUUUGAAACAGCAUUCUGUUGAACUAUGACAAUGUAUUUUGGGAAAGACUAUACAAAGAAUAUAACAUUUAUUAUUUAAUGAAUGACUGAAUGAACAAAAUAAAUGAAAGACAGAGACUGUCCUGUUAAAAAUUUGCUUGGUGUGCUAUUUUAUCUUUUUGUAUUGUACAUGAGGGUAAUGUAAGCUUAAUAAUCCAAUAUUUUGGAAAGAUAUAAGAUAGUAAUGAAUAAAGACCAUAAUCUAGUAUU